AUGGCGUCGGUCAUAGGUUCAGAAGUGGAGAUUCAAGAAGUGGAAGUGGAAACUAUUCCUGUAGAAAUACCAAUAGAGACAGUGGAAACUUUAGACGAAGUUUCAGUACAACCGAUGAUAGCGCUUCAGCCUUUACACGAUUCAGUAGGAGAAGAACUUAUUUUACAGACUCGGGAAGAAGUGGUUGGUGAUUCAAAUCUUGUCUAUGCGGAUACAAUUCCAGUGCCAGCCCCAGAAAUUGAAAUUUCCACGGAGGAAGUUAUUCCUAUGCGAAGAGGGAAAGGUGGUAAACGGAAGGGAAAAUCAAGAAAUGCUCAGUCAGGUGGUAUCACUGUGAACGAUUUAGGACUCGGUGAUUCUUCUGUGAAAAAAUGGGAGCAGAAACAAGUUCAGAUAAAAACACUGGAAGGGGAAUUUUCUGUAACUAUGUGGGCAUCGGAAGAUCAGUCGAAGUUAGAUGAAGACUCUGUGGCUGGAGACUCCGAUGCAGAUUUUGCUGAAUACAUGACAGGGAAGAAAAUGCCUCCUGGGGGAAUUCCUGGCCUUGACCUUAGUGAUCCAAAACAGUUGGCAGAGUUUGCCAGGAUAAAGCCUAGGAAACCAACAGAUGAUGUGCCUCGCACAGUGCCCUGUCCACAUAAGGGCUGCAACAAGAUGUUCAGGGACAAUUCCGCAAUGCGCAAACACCUUCAUACACAUGGGCCUAGGGUCCACGUUUGUGCUGAGUGUGGCAAGGCAUUUGUUGAAAGCUCCAAGUUAAAAAGGCAUCAGCUUGUUCAUACUGGGGAAAAACCAUUUCAGUGUACUUUUGAAGGAUGUGGUAAACGGUUUUCCUUGGACUUCAACCUCCGAACACAUGUCAGAAUUCACACCGGUGACCGGCCUUAUGUUUGUCCAUUUGAUGGUUGCAACAAAAAGUUUGCACAGUCUACAAAUCUCAAAUCACACAUUCUCACUCAUGCAAAAGCAAAAGUUGACAGGUCUUCAAAAACCAUGCUCGUGUUCUCAGAUCAAGGGUCGGUAGAUGGGGAUCAGUGUUUAUCAGAUGAUGGUUUGUUGGUAUUUGACUCCAGGAGUCAGUCAGCCUACCAGAUCGCUGGUACACAAGCAGGUCAAACGCUGGCUUAUGUAACUAUCCCUCCAGAAUCACCAGGAUGGGGUUGA